GUUGCCAUUGCCAGAUUCAUCGUCGAGACCAAUGUCGCACACUGUCGUUCCCACCUUGAAAGAGGGUGGUGGCCCAUCAGCGAGCCAUGGGUCUCGAGCGAUCCCUGCAUGGGCUCGAAACUUUCCUUUAGAGGAUAUGUUUUCUUAGUCCGUGUCCGUGUCCGUGUUCUCGUCUGUCUGGCUGUAGGCCCUGAAUCUGUCAGUGCCUAUGGUGGUUCGGUGCUCACAUUCUCCUCCUCAAGAUUCUCCACAGCUAGGCUUUCUUGCUCUUUCAAGUCUGCCCGUCCGCGACGGAAUGACGCACGGGGGGUCCUGGGUGAGUCCUACGGACAUGGGUGGCUCACGGUUUCCAGCAGUAGCCUUAAUCCCUGACGAGCGUCGACUGGGGGCGGCCGA